AUGGUUACCUUUACAACCGAUUACUGGGCUCCGGCUUUAGAUAGUAAGGCUCGUCGUCGUGUAACUGAAUCUGAAGCAAAGGAGAUUCUACACGUUGCCAAAGAACGUAAAACGAGAGCACCAAAGAGAAAUCUUAGCUUACCUGUUGUUAGUCCCAACAAUCUCACCAACCCACUUCAAGCUGUGUUUAUAAAACCCGUAAACGAGUCUGAAGAUAUUUCUACUACUUCCCUUUCAACCAAUUCUACUGAUAACACCGCUAUCACUCCUUCCGUUGAUGAGGCUAGUAAAUCCAGCGAACCUUUGUAUGAAAAUGGAAUUACUUCAAAUGGAAGUUCUCCAAAUGGCACUUCUAUAAAUGGUUCUACCGAACCAAAAAAGAUCACCUUUGUUCGGAGUAUCCAAAAACUUUUGAUCCAUGAAUCAAAAUCUCCUGUUGCUUCUCCUCUUGGUUCACCUGAACAAGAAAAGGAAGAAUUUAAUUUCAAUGGUUGUAUCGGUAAAGGUGCUACUGCCGUCGUUCGUCUUGCUCACAAAUUUGAUCAGUCGGAUUGUGAAAAAACUUAUGCUGUCAAGGAAUUUAGAAAAAGAAGAAAGAAUGAAUCAGAAAAAGAUUAUGUAAAAAAAUUAACUAGUGAAUUUUGUAUAAGUUCUACAUUACAACAUGUUAACGUUGUAAGAACAGUAGAUUUGGUUCAAGAUGAAAAUCAUAAUUGGUGUGAAGUUAUGGAAUAUUGUGCUGGUGGUGAUCUUUACACUGCUAUAAAAUCUGGUCACAUGUCAACUACUGAGAUAGAUUGUUGUUUUAAACAACUUGUUAGAGGUGUUGGUUAUCUUCAUUCUAUGGGUGUUGCUCAUAGAGAUAUAAAACCAGAAAACUUAUUGCUUGAUGAAAAUGGCCAUUUGAAAAUCACUGAUUUUGGUGUAUCAGACGUUUUUAGAACAUGUUGGGAAGAAGCUGCACAUAUGUCCAAAGGUCUUUGUGGUUCUGAACCAUAUAUUGCUCCGGAGCAAUUUGAAACAAAAGAAUAUGAUGCUCGACUUGUUGACGUUUGGGCAUGUGGUAUUGUAUAUUACUGCAUGAUAUAUCAAGGAAUUCCAUUUAGGAUGGCAACUCCAUCAGAUCCAAAUUACACAAACUACCUAGAAACGAAAAACCUUGGUUUAUAUGAACCUUUUGAGAAACUUCCUUCAGGUUGUCGGGAGUUAAUGUAUAAAAUUUUAGAACCUGACGCAAAAAAACGUAUCACUAUCGAACGAAUAGAGAAGAACACAUGGUUCCAAAUGAUUGAAUGUUGUGCUGGAUCUUGUAGUCUAACGAAAAAGCAUAACCAUGUUCCACCAGAUUAUUUGAAAGAGAUUCAAAAUAAUCAAAAUAAUUCUGUUAAAAAGUAA